AUGUACUGGCAAAAAACAGCUGCUCUUGUUCCACUGCUGCUGAUCAUCUGCAAUGCUCAGACUGGGAAAGGAAGAAACCAAACAGAGAAUAUGAUGGAGAAUUCUGAUGAGGACAUUUCCACAAUAAUCCUACGGAUGAACAAAGGAGCUCCAGGUUUCCUGUUAGAGGGAGACCUGUUGAUCCAAAGAACCAGGAACGCCAUGAAGUGCCUCGAUGAUUCCUCCAGCUGUUUGUGGCCAAAGUCUGAUGAAGGGAUGGUCGAUGUCCCUUUCAUUCUCCACGCUGAAUACGACAGUACAGACAGAGAAACAAUCUUAAACGCCAUGAGGAUGUUUGAAUUAAAAACAUGUGUUCGCUUUGUUCCACGUGGGAAUCAGCAGUCGUAUUUGAGCAUUGAACCAAAUCUUGGGUGUUCCUCUAGCAUGGGUCGCAUCGGAGGCAAGCAGUUGUUGUCCCUGCAGAGAGGCGGCUGUGUAUAUUACGGCAUUGUCCAACACGAACUGCUGCACGCACUUGGGUUCUACCACGAACAGAACCGGAGUGACCGUGACAACUAUGUUCAAAUCCACUACGAGAAUAUCCCCGAAUAUUACUUGAACAACUUCCAAAAAAUGGACACUAAUAACCUCUACACACCUUAUGACUACGGCUCUGUAAUGCACUACGGAAGAACUGCUUUUGGAAACGGAAAGGAAACCAUCACGCCGAUUCCCAAUCCUAACGUUCCCAUUGGCCAGAGGAUAGGAAUGUCUGACAUCGAUAUUCUCCGAAUCAACAAGCUCUACAAAUGCUAGAGCUC